AUGACUCAACUUGCAUUCAAUUUUUUUUUCCGUCGACUUCAAUGGUUGCGCCCUGCGGCCAAGCUUUUCCAAUUCAAGCACUUCGAACUCGCGUCUUCUCUUCCGGUGACGUGCAGGAUAUUCCGUGGCGGUUUGUUCCUCAGGUCGUUCCUGCGGUACGGAACUUUGCGCCUGGCUCUCAUAUUUAAUGUCAUUUCAGCUGGUUUGUUGUUUGUGAUUUCCUUGGGGAACUCGGAGAUCCAUGGUGUGUUUCUUCAGGCCUCCGAGCUGUCUGGUGUCCCCAUGGUGAGUGACGGGUACGGCCAGCCAUCUGAAGACGAGAACUAA